AUGGCGAGUCAAAAUGAAGCUGUCCAAAACGGAACUGUCUUUGUGGACGAGAGCAUUGCCACCAAGCCCAGUGCGAUCAGUGAUGUUCCCGCGAUCCUGGACGAGAUAGCUUCCCAAGGUAAAACAUUAACAGAAGAUGACGGACCAAAUCGCCGUCGGCUGAUCGAGUCUGCUCGCUCGUUGAUUCACGCCCUCGAAACUCCUCGAGAGGCGAUGUGUCGAUACCUCUGGUCUCAUGUGGAUUACCCUCUCCUCGCUACCACCGUAUAUGCCGCCAUUGAGACCAGUAUCAACAUUGGGCUGUUCAAGGCCCUGUGCGAGGGUGGUGAGCCCAAGACCGCCAAGACACUGGCCAUCGCGACGGGUGCGGAAGUGAAUUUUCUCAGCCGGAUCUUGAAACACCUUGGUGCGAUGGGUGUGAUUACCGAGACCGGGCCCGACACGUAUCAAGCGACGACCUUUGCCAAGGUCAUGACCAUUCAGAAAUAUGCUGAUGGAUUUCCGUCCCUGGCCGAAUGUUGCAAUCUGUCGGUGUUGAAACUGCCGGACUGGGUCCAAAAGAAUGGCCUUCGAGCCCCGGAUAAUAAUCUGAAUUGUGGCACGCAGCUCGGAUACAAUACCGAUCUGCGCUUCUUCGAUUAUCUGGCGGCCAACCCGGGGUACACGCAGCGGUUCAUGAACAACAUGUCCGUCUACCGCAAGGGACGACCCAGUUGGAUGGAUCCUGGUUUCUAUCCCGUCGAAGAACGAUUGAUUGCCGGUCGGAAUCCCGAUGCGCCUCUGAUCGUGGAUGUCGGGGGUAGUACGGGCCAUGAUCUGGCGGAAUUCAUCCGCAAAUAUCCGACCGUGGAUGCGAAAUUCGUGCUGCAAGAUCGAAGCGAAGUCAUCGAAAAGGCUCGAGUGUCCCUCGAUCAGAAGAUUGAGCCGCUUGCCCAUGACUUUUUCACCGAGCAGCCGGUGAAAGGAGCCCGGGCCUACUACCUGCAUUCCAUUAUCCAUAACUGGCCGGAAGAAAAAGCGAGGGAGAUUCUCGUGAAUCUGGCCAAGGCGUUGAAGCCCGGCUACAGCAAGAUUCUGAUCCAUGACAUCGUGAUUCCCGAUGUCAAUGCGGACUGGCAGGAUACGGCCAUGGAUUUGAUCAUGAUGAUGGUGCACGCGGCGCAAGAGCGCACGGUACCCCAGUGGCACCAGCUGGUUGAAUCCGCGGGCCUGAAGAUUACCGGGAUUUUCCGGGCGGACAAGGGGACGGAAGGCUUGAUUGAGUGUGAACUCCCGUAG